AUGGAAAACAAGCACGAAACUCCAACAACCGCCCUGCCCGCCUCUACCGGUAGCAGUGGCAUGGGUGCCUCGCACCGUCGCUCGAGCAGCGGCAUCUCGGACGACGCGGCCAAGUCGGCCCACGACUUCAUGGCCGGCACCAUCCGGCGCUCGUCCAGCGGCGUGACCGACGACGCCGCCCGCGCCGCACGUGAGUUUGUGCGGUCCUCCUCCUCCUCCGGCAGCAGCAAGGCCCCCGGCCUGAACGACGACCUGACCCAGAAGAUGCACAACUUUAUGGAAGGCCCUGCCACGCACCGCGAGAGCCACAGCAAAUACCUGCCUGACGUCACCAUGCCGGGCAUCACGGACGAAGUGGUCGAGGAGGCCGUCGAGUUUGUCGACGGCGUCGAGAAGACUACAUCCAUGGCCUGA